AGGUGCCAGGCGCACCGGUUUGUGUCAAGAACGGCAACGCUGCUGGGUUUUUCAUGCUCAACAGAUUCCCAUGUGUAUUGAGAAUGGUAUACCACCCAAAGGACAUUCAGCCAACUUGACACAACUGUGGGAAGCAUUGGAAUCAACAUGGGCCAGCAUUUUGACAACUUGUAGAGUCCAUACCCCAACAAAUUGAGGCUGUUCUGAGGGCAAAGGGGAGGGGGGUGUACUAUUGUUUCGAUUAUUUAUCCAGCUUAUCAGCGUACACCCAACAUGUUCCCCCUGUUGAUGAUGCUUAUUAUGCAUUAUGGCUGAACUAAGAGAUUACAUGUCACAAUAACACUUACUUCAUACUAAUCAACCUAAUAAUAAUGACACACCCGUCACUAUUGUCAUUGGUUUCAAUAAUUGCACUGUUUGUCUACACAACCUGUUUCAAGCAUUCAUGAAUUACCCUGAAAAAGGCACAGUGAUGCCGAAACGUUGUUUUUUUACCCAAUUUAUAUAUAGAGUGUGCGACACUCUUCAAAUAGAUACAUUGUUGUUGUUUUAAUUCACAGUUGUAACAUACAUUACAUCCGUGUCAAGUGAUGCCACUACUCCCUCAACACCGACUUCAAGUGAUGGCACCACUGCCUCAACUACAUCAAUUGUCACUCCAAGUGAUACUACAUCAGCAGUCACAUCAAGUGAUGCCAUCACUCCCUCAACUACACCAACACCCUCUUCAAGUGAUUCCACCACUCACUCAACUACAUCAACAGUCACUUCAAGUGAUUCCACCACUCCCUCAAAUACACCAACACCCUCUUCAAGUGAUUCCACCACUCACUCAACUACAUCAACAGUCACUUCAAGUGAUUCCACCACUCCCUCAACUACACCAACACCCUCUUCAAGUGAUUCCACCACUCACUCAACUACAUCAACAGUCACUUCAAGUGAUUCCACCACUCCCUCAACUACACCAACACCCUCUUCAAGUGAUUCCACCACUCACUCAACUACAUCAACAGUCACUUCAAGUGAUUCCACCACUCCCUCAACUACACCAACACCCUCUUCAAGUGAUGCCACCACCACCUCAACUAUAUCAACAGUCACUUCAAGUGAUUCCACCACUCCUUCAACUACACCAACACCCACUUCAAGUGAUGCCACCUCUCACUCAACUACAUCAACAGUCACUUCAAGUGAUUCCACCACUCCCUCAACAGUCACUUCAAGUGAUGCCACCACCACCUCAACUAUAUCAACAGUCACUUCAAGUGAUUCCACCACUCCUUCAACUACACCAACACCCACUUCAAGUGAUGCCACCAAUCCCUCAACAACAUCAACAGUCUCUACAAGUGAUGCCAUUAUUCCCUUAACUACAUCGACAGUCACUUCUAGUUAUGCCACCACUCCCUCAACUACAACAACAUCCACUUCAAGUGAUUCCACCACUCCCUCAACUAUAUUAACAGUCACUUCAAGUGAUGCCACCACCACCACGACCUCAACUAUAUCAAUAGUCACUUCAAGUGAUGCCACCAUUCCCUCAAUGACAUCAACAGUCACUACAAGUGAUAGCAUCAUUCCCUUAACUACAUCAACAGUCACUUCAAGUGAUGCCACCACUCCCUCAACUGCAUCAACAGUCACUUCAAGUGAUUCCACCACCACCACAACUAUAUUAAUAGUCACUUCAAGUGAUGCCACCAUUCCCUCAAUGACAUCAACAGUCACUACAAGUGAUAGCAUCAUUCCCUUAAGUGAUGCCACCACCACCUCAACUGUAUCAAUAGUCACUUCAAGUGACGCCACCAAUCCCUCAACUACAUCAACAGUCACUUCUAGUUAUGCCACCACUCCCUCAACUAUAACACCCACCUCAAGUGAUGCCACCACCACCUCAACUAUAUCAAUAGUCACUUCAAGUGGCGCCACCAAUUCCUCAACUACAUCAACAGUCACUUCUAGUUAUGCCACCACUCCCUCAACAGUCACCUCAAGUGAUGCCACCACCACCUCAACUAUAUCUAUAGUCACUUCAAGUGAUGCCACCACUCCCUCAACUACAUCAAUAGUCACUUCUAGUUAUGCCACCACUCCCUCAACAGUCACCUCAAGUGAUGCCACCACCACCUCAACUAUAUCAAUAGUCACUUCAAGUGACGCCACCAAUCCCUCAACUACAUCAACAGUCACUUCAAGUUAUGCCACCACUCCCUCAACACCCACUUCAAGUAAUGGCAGCUCUCACUCAACUACAUCAACAGUCAAUUCAAGUGAUGCCACCACUCCCUCAGCUACAUCAACAGUCACUACAAGGGAUGCCAUCAUUCCCUUAACUACAUCAACAGUCACUUCUAGUUAUGCCACCACUCCCUCAACUACACCAACACCCACUUCAAGUGAUGCCACCACUCCCUCAGCUACAUCAACAGUAAUUUCAAGUGAUGUCAACCCUCCCAAAAUUCCCUCAACAGUCAGUUCAAGUGAUUCCACCACUCCCUCAACAGUCAGUUCAAGUGAUGCCACCACUCUCUCAAAUACAUCAACAGUAAUUUCAAGUUAUAUUACAUCAACAUUCAUUACAAGUAAUGCCACAACCCCCUCAACUACAUCAACACCCACCUCAAAUGAUGCCAUCACUCCAUCAACAGUCACUCUAAGUAAUGUCAUCACUCAUUCAACUACAUUGACAGUUACUUCAAGUGAUACCACCACUACUACAUUGACUUCAAGUAAUAUUACAUUAACACCCAAUUCAAAUGAAGAUACCGCUCCCUCAACUCCAUCAACAUCCACUUCAAGUGAUGCCACCACUCCUUCAACUACAUCUACAGUCACUUCAAGUGAUACCACCACUCCCUCAACUACAUCAACAUCCACUUCAAGUGAUGCCACCACUCCUUCAACUACGUCUACAGUCACUUCAAGUGAUGCCACCACUCCUUCAACUACAUCUACAGUCACUUCAAGUGAUACCACCACUCCCUCAACUACGUCUACAUCCACUUCAAGUGAUACCACCACUCCCUCAACUACAUCAACAUCCACUUCAAGUGAUGCCACCACUCCCUCAACUACAUCAACAGUGACUUCAAGUUAUGCCACCACUCCCUCAAAUACAUCAACAGUGACUUCAAGUGAUGCCACCACUCCCUCAACACCCACUUCAAGUAAUGGCAGCUCUCAAUCAACUACAUCAACAGUCAAUUCAAGUGAUGCCACCACUCCCUCAGCUACAUCAACAGUAAUUUCAAGUGAUGUCAACCCUCCCAAAAUUCCCUCAACAGUCAGUUCAAGUGAUGCCACCACUCUCUCAAAUACAUCAACAGUCAUUUCAAGUGAUAUUACAUCAACAUUCAUUACAAGUAAUGCCACAACCCCCUCAACUACAUCAACACCCACCUCAAAUGAUGCCAUCACUCCAUCAACAGUCACUCUAAGUAAUGUCAUCACUCAUUCAACUACAUUGACAGUUACUUCAAGUGAUAUUACAUUAACACCCAAUUCAAAUGAAGAUACCACUCCCUCAACUCCAUCAACAUCCACUUCAAGUGAUGCCACCACUCCUUCAACUACGUCUACAGUCACUUCAAGUGAUGCCACCACUCCUUCAACUACACCAACACCCACUUCAAGUGAUGCCACCACUCCUUCAACUACAUCAACAUCAACUUCAAGUGAUGCCACCACUACUUCAACUACGUCUACAGUCACUUCAAGUGAUGCCACCACUACUUCAACUAUGUCUACAGUCACUUCAAGUGAUGCCACCACUCCCUCAACUACAUCCACAGUCACUUCAAUGUCAGAAACUCUGGUGAAUGUCAUCAGGCUGGAGGAUGUCACCAGUAAGUUAAUCAGUGUGAGUUGGACAGGUAUUAACCUGGACCAGCAGAUACAGUACAAGGUGAAGCUGGAGUCUGGUUCCAACUCAAGCCAGAGUGAGACCUCAGCCACCAAAGCUGUUUUCUCAGACCUUACUCCUGGAACCAUAGGAAGUGUGAUCGUUGACUUUGAUCUGGUCACUGCUCUCGAGGUCAACCUGUCAACCUCUGACGUGCAGAACAGCGUCAUCAAUGCGCUGAAAUCAUCUGCACUCGGAGUGGAUCUGAACAUCACCUCUGAGUUUCCCAGAUAUCAACGGCCCCGGGAGAAGGCUGGAAAGUGGCGACCAUAG